GCCAUUCGGUGUGUUCUGACGCCCAACAGUCGAAUCAAAGAUAAGUUCUGACUGAGCCUCGAACAGGACAGCGCCAUGUCUGAAGUGAAGGGGACAACUUCCGCUUCCCGACUACCGUAAUGACGUAAACAAGUUUGUCCAAUUGGGCUCGCCGUCCAAUUUACUUCCGCAAACAUUACGAGCGUCACGAUGGAGGCUGCUUUCGCCAGAUUUCACUCGUACGACUUCGAAGGUGAUCAAAGAUUCCUGCGGGGCGUGCAAACGUUACAAGCCGGCGAACAAGCAAAGAUACUGGACGCUAAACUCUUCUUUUAUAACAGGUUUGUGGAGCCCGUGGACUCCACCAGCUACAAAGCGUGGCGCAGCUCCGGUUCCGGCGGGGACGCCGAAGGACCGGGGACCGAGAAAACCGAAGAGCCGCAGGUAAAGUCGCUUUCCUUUGCCGAGGUGAUGCGACUCGUCCGGGAAGGCAAGGAAGUGCCCGGAGCCACGAAAGUGCAAAUACAAGCGAGCAAUCGGACUGAAACUCCGUCGCGAAUGGAGAGAAUACCCAAACCCUGGGAGGUAGCGUCAGCGGCCAAAUGACACGUCACUCCACGUCGUGUUUUCAAAGUGUGCCAAGUUCUGAAUUUGAACAAGCGUGGACUCAACAGCUUUUUAAUUGAUAAGUAUCGGCAGGUGACAACGGCGUUUUGCAACCUUUCGAGAAAAAUCCAUCUGUACGCGAUCAAAUGUCACACAACUUGUGUGUAUAAACUGAAACGAUCAAGUCUUCUCAAUUUACUCAACGAUUUGCAUAAUCCAGUGGUUCCCAAAGUCAACCAGUGAGUCGUUCAAAAAGCUCCCGGACCCCCGACCUCAACUUUCGCUAACAAUGUAGUGCUGGACACAGCUGUGCCAUUCUGGUACAACCAAAUACUCCAUUUUAGUCGCUCACGUGCUGUUGCUAUUUAGUUAGUAAUGUAGCAUUAUUAAUUACUCUUAUUUUCUUACCUCGUGUCGCGGACUCCCCGGAAAGACGUUUUUCACCCACCGGGGGUCCGUGGACACCACUUUGGGAACCACUGGCGUAGUCUGUGAGAAAUAUGGGCAUCCUUAGUAGGUUGGGAAUCAGUAUAUUAGAACAAGUUUUGUCAUCAUCUAACUAGCAGCAUUUUGUGUAAGCAAUGUCGAUUUAAAUGGGUCGUGGUCAGCUAGUGGACCCAAAAGCGGUACUGACUGUGGGCCGUAUACUGUAUACCACGUGUGGCCAGACAUUUUGACCCCAAGAUCUAUUUUCAAGCAGCCAGCCUCUCACGAGCUAACGAUGACGGGGUGGAGAUGCUCCCAAAUUGCAUUAAGGUGAAUGUUAUGUUGCCUCCUAUAUUGAAAAUACAUAAUUAGCUUUU